CCUUAAAGUGAAACAGAAAGUGAAUCGGAGAUCAGAGACGCUAUCAGGGAGGAUUCUAAAUCUUAAUGUCUUCAUGUGUCACGGCCUGAAAUCAAGUCUCUUAUCUAGGAAAGAAAGAGAACCAGAACAGCCUGUAAAGUGUGCAUGAGGAGGGAGAGGAGGAGAAACCUGCUUAUAAAAUGAAUGCGUAUGAGGAGAGAGAGGAGGAGGCUCCUGUUGAUGCUCGGAGAGCAGCAUCUCCAGGAUUCAGCGGUGUGUCUAUGAAGAGCAACAACUCCAUGUUUGAGCCCCCUGCUUUCAGUGAUGUUGAUGCUCAUAGAGCAGCAUCUCCAGGAUUCAGCUAUGUGUCUAUGAAGAGCAACAACUCCAUGUUUGAGCCCCCUGCUUUCAGUGAUGUUGAUGCUCAUAGAGCAGCAUCUCCAGGAUUCAGCGGUGUGUCUAUGAAGAGUAACAACUCCAUGUUUGAGCCCCCUGCUUUCAGUGAUGUUGAUGCUCAUAGAGCAGCAUCUCCAGGAUUCAGCUAUGUGUCUAUGAAGAGCAACAACUCCAUGUUUGAGCCCCCUGCUUUCAGUGAUGUUGAUGCUCAUAGAGCAGCAUCUCCAGGAUUCAGCGGUGUGUCUAUGAAGAGCAACAACUCCAUGUUUGAGCCCCCUGCUUUCAGUGAUGUUGAUGCUCAUAGAGCAGCAUCUCCAGGAUUCAGCGGUGUGUCUAUGAAGAGCAACAACUCCAUGUUUGAGCCCCCUGCUUUCAGUGAUGUUGAUGCUCAUAGAGCAGCAUCUCCAGGAUUCAGCGGUGUGUCUAUGAAGAGCAACAACUCCAUGUUUGAGCCCCCUGCUUUCAGUAAUGUUGAUGCUCAUAGAGCAGCAUCUCCAGGAUUCAGCGGUGUGUCUAUGAAGAGCAACAACUCCAUGUUUGAGCCCCCUGCUUUCAGUGAUGUUGAUGCUCAUAGAGCAGCAUCUCCAGGAUUCAGCGGUGUGUCUAUGAAGAGCAACAACUCCAUGUUUGAGCCCCCUGCUUUCAGUGAUGUUGAUGCUCAUAGAGCAGCAUCUCCAGGAUUCAGCGGUGUGUCUAUGAAGAGCAACAACUCCAUGUUUGAGCCCCCUGCUUUCAGUGAUGUUGAUGCUCAUAGAGCAGCAUCUCCAGGAUUCAGCGGUGUGUCUAUGAAGAGCAACAACUCCAUGUUUGAGCCCCCUGCUUUCAGUGAUGUUGAUGCUCAUAGAGCAGCAUCUCCAGGAUUCAGCGGUGUGUCUAUGAAGAGCAACAACUCCAUGUUUGAGCCCCCUGCUUUCAGUAAUGUUUACACAAAGAGAGCAGCAUCUUCAGGAUUCAGCGGUGUGUCUAUGAAGAGCAACAACUCCAUGUUUGAGCCCCCUGCUUUCAGUGAUGUUGAUGCUCGGAGAGCAGCAUCUCCAGGAUUCAGCGGUGUGUCUAUGAAGAGCAACAACUCCAUGUUUGAGCCCCCUGCUUUCAGUGAUGUUGAUGCUCAUAGAGCAGCAUCUCCAGGAUUCAGCUGUGUGUCUAUGAAGAGCAACAACUCCAUGUUUGAGCCCCCUGCUUUCAGUGAUGUUGAUGCUCGGAGAGCAGCAUCUCCAGGAUUCAGCGGUGUGUCUAUGAAGAGCAAAAACUCCAUGUUUGAGCCCCCUGCUUUCAGUAAUGUUUACACAAAGAGAGCAGCAUCUUCAGGAUUCAGCGGUGUGUCUAUGAAGAGCAACAACUCCAUGUUUGAGCCCCCUGCUUUCAGCAGUGGACCUUCUGUGACCUCUGACCCUGUUAUCAUCAGCUGGAAAAGAAAGCGAGCAGCUUCUCCACUACAUUCCCCUAAACCUGAUCUCAAUGAUGAAUCAGUGCCCUUUGAUCCUGUAGGUGGGAGAGCUGACCAGAUCAGAUAUGUGUCCUGUCCGUCCAGCACAUCCUCCUGCUAUCAGAACCACAUCAGUCAUUAUGACACAGAAGCAGCUCUGCAGCUCGAUUCUCAUCAACCAGAGCAAGAUGAUCCGCAGAGAGUCAAAGACCAGCACAAAACCAGCAUGAAGAACAAGUAUGAGAGCUUAUUUGAGGGAGUCAAACUACAAGAGAAUCAGACCCUCCUGAACAGGAUUUACACACAGCUGUACAUCAUAGAGGGAGAGAGUGAAGGAGUGAAUGAAGAACAUGAAGUGCUACAGAUGGAGAAAAGUUACAGGACACUCCAAGACACUCCAAUCAACUGCAACGACAUCUUUAAUCCUAUACCUGAACCAGGAUAUGAGGAGAAGAGAAGAGAGAAGAAAGACACAAUAAAGACUGUUCUUACUAAAGGCAUCGCUGGAAUUGGAAAAACCGUCUCUGUGCAGAAGUUCAUUCUGGACUGGGCCGAGGGAAAAGACAAUCAGGAUGUAGAUUUCAUGUUUGUGCUUACAUUUAGAGAGCUGAACUUGAUUAAAGAUCAUCAGUACAGUCUUCACAGACUUCUGCUAGACUUUCAUCCUGAACUUCAAGAUCUGGACUCAAAGAUUUAUGAUGAAUGUAAAGUUGUUUUCAUCUUUGAUGGUCUGGAUGAAAGCAGAAUUACACUGAUGUUUUCAGACAGUCAGAAAGUUUCUGAUGUGACUGAGAUUUCAUCAGUGGGUCUGUUGAUGUCAAACCUCCUGAGAGGAGAUCUGCUUCCCUCUGCUCUCAUCUGGAUCACCACCAGACCAGCAGCAGCCAAUCAGAUCCCCUCCAACUACAUCAACCGUGUGACAGAGAUUCAGGGAUUCAAUGACCCUCAGAAGGAGGAAUAUUUCAGGAAGAGAAUCGGUGACGAGCAUCAAGCCAGCAGAAUCAUCUUACACAUCAGAAGAGCAAGAAGCCUCCACAUCAUGUGUCACAUACCCGUCUUCUGCUGGAUCUCAUCCACUGUGCUUCAAAACAUCCUGAAACAAGAUCUCAGUGCAGAAAUCCCUCAAACUCUGACUGAAAUGUACAUCUACUUCCUGCUCAUUCAAACAAAGAUGAGGAACCAGAAGUAUGAAGAGAGAGAUCCAGAGAAACUCCUGCAGUCCAACAGAGAAGUGAUUGUGAAACUUGCUGAACUGGCUUUCAAUCAGCUGAUGAAGGGCAAUGUGAUGUUUUAUGAGGAGGACCUGAGAGAGAGUGGCAUAGACGUCACUGACGCCUCGGUGUAUUCUGGGAUCUGCACUGAGAUCUUUAGAGAGGAAUCUGUGAUUUAUCAGAGGAAGCUUUACAGUUUUGUACAUCUGAGCUUUCAGGAGUUUUUCGCAGCACUGUAUGUGUUUUUCUGCUAUUUACACAAGAACAGUGAGAUUCUGAAGAUGUUCCUGACGGGAAAGUCCAGAACUCAGUGUGAGAAUAUUCCUCUGGACGUGUUUCUGAAGGAAGCAGUGAAUAAAGCCUUGAAGAGUAAAACUGGACACCUGGAUCUUUUCCUUCGGUUUCUUCAUGGCGUCUCACUGGAGUCCAAUCAGAGACUCUUACAGGAUGUACUGAUACACACAGAGAACAACCCAGAAAACAUCAAGAAAAUAACCCAAAACCUCAAACGAGGUCAGAAAAACAACGUCAGUCCUGAACGAUGGAUCAAUCUGUCACACUGCUUGAUUGAGAUGAAGGAUAACUCUGUUAUUAAAGAAAUGCAGGCAUUUUUAAACUCUAAAACAAAAAGAAAAAAGCUCUCUCUUGCACAAUGCUCAACUUUGGCAAACAUGAUCCUGAUGUCAGAGGAGGUGCUGGAUGAGUUUGAUAUUAAACAGUACAAUAUCAACGCUAGAGAGGGUCGAUUGAGACUGUUACCUGCUGUGAGGAACUGCAGAAAAGUUGUUUUGGCAGGGUGUGAUCUCACUGAUCGACACUGUGAAAUUGUGGCUUCAGCUCUACAAUCAUCAAACUCCCCCCUGAGAGAGCUGGACCUGAGUAACAAUCAUCUGCAGGAUUCAGGAGGAAAACUGCUCGCUGCUGGACUGAGGAGUCCAAACUGUCAACUCAACAUACUCAGAUUAUCUGGCUGUUUGGUAAAAGAGAAAGGUUGUGCUGCUCUGACGUCAGCUUUGAGUUCAAACCUUUCACACCUGAGAGAGCUGGACUUGAGUAACAAUCAUCUGCAGGAUUCAGGAGGGAAACUGCUCGCUGCUGGACUGAAGAGUCCGAACUGUCAACUCAACAUACUGAGAUUAUCUGGCUGUUUGGUGAAAGAGGAAGGUUGUGCUGCUCUGACAUCGGCUCUGAGUUCAAACCUUUCACACCUGAGAGAGCUAGACCUGAGUGAAAAUUAUCUGCAGGAUUCAGGAGGGAAACUGCUUGCUGCUGGACUGAUGAGUCCAAACUGUCAACUCAACAUACUGAGAUUAUCUGGCUGUUUGGUCAAAGCGGAAGGUUGUGUUGCUCUGACAUCAGCUUUGAGUUUAAACCUUUCACACCUGAGAGAGCUGGACCUGAGUAACAAUCAUCUUCAGGAUUCAGGAGUGAAGCUGCUUGCUGCUGGACUGAACAGUCCAAAUCAACUAAACAUACUGAGAUUAUCUCAGUGUUUGGUGACAGAAGAAGGUUGUGCUGCUCUGGCAUCAGCUCUGAGUUUAUUCCCAUCACACCUGAGAGAGCUGGACCUGAGCUACAAUCACCCAGGAGAAUCAGGAGUGGAGCUGCUCAAAAAGCUCAAACAUCUGGACAAACUCAAUGUGGAUCAUGGAGGAGAGUUCAUGAUCACGUCAGGACUCCACAAAUACGCCUGUGAUCUCACACUGGAUCCAAACACAGCACACACUCGACUCGUUCUGUCUGAGGAGAACAGAAAGGUGACGUGUGUCUCUGAGUCACAGUCGUAUCCUGAUCAUCCCGACAGAUUUGAACAUUAUCAUCAGGUUCUGUGUUCAGAGAGACUGACUGGACGCUGUUACUGGGAGACUGAAUGGAGCGGAGAUGUUGAAAUAGCAGUGUGUUAUAAAGAAAUCAAGAGGAAAGGAGGGAGUGGUGACAGUAGGUUUGGAUGUAAUGAGAUCUCCUGGAGUCUGAUCUGCUCUGAUCACAGAUUCACUGCUCGUCACAAUAAUAAAGAGACUUGUAUCUCUGUUGCUCCAGACUCCUGUAAGAGAGUCGCAGUGUUUCUGGACGAGUCGAGCGGCUCUCUGUCCUUCUACAGCGUCUCUGACACACACACACUCACACACUUACACACAUUCACACACACAUUCACUCAACCGCUACUCGCUGGAUUUACACUUUAUUAUACAAACUCUUCAGUGUCUCUGUGUCACAUUAAACACUAAACACACACACACACACACACUCACACACACACACACACACACACUCACACACACACACAUUAAACACACACACACACACACACACACA